AUUAGGAUCAGAGGUUGCGCGAUACCCGUGUCUGGCUUAUGACCGUUGAGUCUGUAAAGCAAACCUUAUUAUCAGAUCAUAUAAUACACAGGAAUUUGAGUGGCUCUUUUUAGUUUACCGUGUUUUAUGAUUGUAAGACCGGCGGAAAUAAUGUCAUAAGCUGGAGAUGAGACAGAGAAUACCCCAUUUCUCAAGCGUGAUUAUAAGCAUAAUACAGACACAUCUUAUUACUAAUACUUUUGUUUGAAAGAGAACCAAGGAAUGGCCGCUAUGAUAACCAAAACAUGGUUGAGUGCCAAGCACCACUUGCAUCUCGGACGUUGCACCCGAAAAUCUUCAUAUGCGGGGUUAUUCGACCACCUCCAACUUCGUAACAUCCUCUAACCUUGAUAGAAACGCGACCUUUCUAGCUUCCCUUAUCUCUAGGUUUUUGAAUCACUAUGGCAAAAAAGAUCUGGGAACAAGUUGUUGCGGAAAAGCGACGACAGCGGGCCCAUGCCAUCUCUACUUUUGCCAGAAAGAACUUAUCAGGAGAUGAGGACCGACAGGAUGCUUACAAGGCCAUUACUGAAAUCGAUGACAUCAAUGUCUUAGCUGGCAUUGUUUCAAAUGGGAAAUUCACGAGUGAAGAUGUAACCCUGGCUUAUAUCACACGAGCCAUUGAGGCGCAUAAGAAGACGAACUGCUUAACUGAAACCCUCUUCGAUGAUGCUUUGGAACAAGCCCGAGAACUCGAUGCAUACUACACAAAAGAAGGGAAGACGAAAGGACCCUUCCACGGCGUUCCAAUAAGUCUGAAGGAUCAGUUCAAUGUCAAAGGUUGCGAUACCACUCUUGGAUAUACAAGCAAGGCCUUCAAGCCGGCCAAAGAUGAUGCCGUCCUAGUUAAGAUCUUGAAGAAGCUAGGCGCCGUGAUCAUUUGUAAAACCAAUCUCCCACAGAGCAUCAUGUGGGCCGAGACUGACAAUCCUCUUUGGGGAUUGACCGAGAACCCGAUAAUACCCGGGUAUACGCCUGGAGGUUCUUCAGGCGGCGAAUCGGCGCUGAUAUACUCUCAUGGAAGUCUCGGAGGUUUCGGGUCAGAUUUGGGUGGUAGCAUUCGCAUGCCGGCUUCUAUGAUGGAUCUGUAUGGUUUCAAGCCAAGCAACUCGAGAUUGCCAUAUGGAGGAGUACCAGUCUCAACCGAUGGACAAGAGCACGUCCCAUCAUCUAUCGGCCCCUUAGCACGCUCCCUCUCGACCAUUUAUCAUCUUACAAGAGAAAUUACACUCCAAGAACCCUGGAAACAAGACUGUCGUUGUGUUCCGAUCCCAUGGCGUCAGUCUGAAUAUGACAUGACCUUGAACAGCAAGCUAACAAUCGGCGUCUUGUAUGAUGACGGCGUUGUGAAGCCUCAUCCGACUAUCGUAAGAGUUAUCGCAGAAGCUGCAGCUGUACUUGCAGCCGAUGGUCAUGAGCUUGUAAUGUGGAAGCCUGACUUGCAUGCUCAGUGCAUAGAAGUUAUGGAUGCCUACUUCACAGUCGAUGGAGGAGAAGACAUUCGUCAUGAUGUUGAGGCAGGAGGCGAACCUUUUAUCCCGAGUGUGGAGAGACUUGUGAACCGUGGGAAGCCUAUAUCGGUGUUUGAUUAUUGGCAACUCAACAAACGCAAGCGAGAGCUCCAGCAAGCCUAUCUUGAGAAGUGGAACAAUACCCACUCUAAAAAGGGCAAGACUGUGGAUGCCAUUAUAAUGCCGGCUCUACCACAUGCAGCUGUACCUCAUAACACUGUCAAAUGGGUGGGGUACACCAAGGUCUGGAAUCUUUUGGAUUAUACAGCUUUAGUCAUUCCUGGAGGGAAGGUUGAAGCUAAGGAUCUCGAUGCUAUAUGGGACCAUGAGCCAAGAAACGAGCUGGAUGAGUGGAAUACUCGCCUUUGGGAAGAUCAUCAGGAUGAUAUGCUUAAACAUCAUCUUCCCGUGGACAUUCAAAUCGUGGGGCGAGUAUUAGAGGAGGAAAAGGUUCUGGCCGUUGGAAAGGUCUUGGAUGAUCUCCUGCGAAUUCAUCUACUCGAGGGAUGAACUCUGAGGAAUUCUUUACGAUACAUAUUCUCCAACUAGCAUGAAAAAAGAUACGAGAAUUAUUCCCGAAGGUCGUCUGACUCGCCC